UAAGAAUUGCUAAGUGUUCAAUGAUUCAAAUUCGGCGUGAACGAGCUAAUAACUCGACGGAAUAAAACGCCACUGAAAGAAAAAAACUCUCAGAGAUGGCGGAGUGCGGAAAAAACCGAGCGCUUCUGUAUUUAUUUCUUCUCUGGUUCAUAUAUCUUAUGGUUGGCAUGUUUAUAUUCAGAGCUGUUGAACGCGACGAUAAACCCGACCCCGAGCAAUCGAAACCACAGCUAUUGGAGAACAUAAAAGACAAUAUAACAGCCAAGUAUAACAUGAGUGAGGCCGAAUUUGACAGCAUUGUGAAGCAUGUUGAAGCAGCUUCGUCGGCCUCGAGUGAUGGACCGGAAUGGAGUUAUCAUGAAUCGAUAUCUUUCGUGGUUCAACUGGUAACAACAAUCGGAUAUGGCAAUAUCACUCCAGUGACCACAGGCGGCCGAGCCUUUUGUAUAAUCUUCGCCUUGUUUGGUAUCCCGAUCAACAUAUUGUUCCUGCAGGUGGUUGGAGAACGAAUGCUACGCAGUGAGCGACUCCUCGUCACAAAAUUCGAAUCCCGCUGCCUUAAGAGAGAGGACAAGCCAAGACACUUGAAUGAAAAGUGCGCUUUGCUGGGUUUGAUGUUGUUGAUAAUAAUUUUACUUGUGGGGGCGGCAACUGCGGUAAAGGUCCAGGAAUGGACUUUCUUUGAAGGUUUCUAUGCCUACUUCAUUACUUUCACAACAGUUGGAUUUGGCGAUUUGAUCCCAGGAGGUGGCCCGUCAAAACAUCCCGUCUGGAAUACAGUAAUUCGAAUCAUUUUCAUUAUCCUGGGUUUGGCGGCCAUGUCGAAUGUAAUCAACGGACUUGUUUCGGCACGGGAUUGUAAAGAGUGCAAAGAAUUUUUCAAGAAUUUAAAGGCUCGGUUGGGAAGAAAACAAAGAGUUAAAAAUCCUGAAACGACGGAAAAGAUGGGAAUGGAGAUAAACGAACAAACCGAAAAGCCUUUUUAACUUUGAAGAACAAGAAGCGAUUUGUGCAUAUUGAAUAAUUAAGCUUAAGAUUUUUCAAGUUUAUCAUUUUCAAUCCUCUCCAUCCUCCGCCAUCCUUCUUCGUUCUUGUUUUAUUAUUGCCUCUUUCGUGUUUUUCUAUCUUACUAAACCAAUAUUUUAAAGUCUCAUUCAAGUUGAAAGUCUUUUUUGCACGUCACAAACAAAUUGACUCAAGUUAUCGAUCUUGACGUAAGUCCUUCGGACCGAGGGAAUGACAUUAUUCCAUAACAGACCUAAAUUCAAAUUUAUCUCCGCCAUUAAAAAGUAUGAAUAAACAUUUGCGACUCACCGCUUUUUGAUAUUCCAAGAAGUAACGUAACAGCCUGAAAAUUUUCUUCAAAUGUGCUAAAACUUCAACAAUCGGCGCUGCCAAUUUGAAGACUCGGUCACUCGGUCAGUUGGCCGCAUGACGUCCCAUAAUUCAACUCAUGGCGGGAACCAGAACGCGCGUAGCAAUGCUACGCUCAUUAAUGUUAUUGGUAUUAGACCGGAUUUAUCAGUCGGAUCUUCAAUAAAAAUUUCUCUCAAAACGUG